CAUGUCAAAUGGCGAUGUUUGUGGGUCUUAAUUCUAAAACAUUCUCGUAAACAAACAAACAAAGAAACAAAGAAACACAAUUUCAUUUUAGAAAGAAAAAUCAAGAAAGAAAGGUGCAAAAUAAAAAAAUGGCUAGCAACAACAACAAUACAGAAGAGAGAAGAAGAAGGAUUCAAGAAAGAGGUUCAGAUCGAAUGGCAUUAAUAACUGGUCGUAUCAAUGCACUUCCUCCUACACCUCGUUCUGCUACCUCAUCUCCAGUACAUCCUCGUCAUACACAAUCUAUGUCUGUUUCUGCAUUUGAUUCCCAUUAUGACAAAGAAAAUGAUAAUCUUCCUCGCCAUACACGACCGCAUUCCCUUGCUUCCACUGCUUUUGCAACUAAUUUUGUCCAAGACAACGCUGAUAAUGCUGAUGACAAUAAACAUGAUGCCUCUAGUGCUUCAAGGCUUAAACAUCAAGGAGGUUUUAAGUAUUCAAAUUUUGAGACCAAAAGUGAAGAUGAGCCUCUAAUACAAGAUUCUAAGGCCAAAGAAACAGAAUCCUCAUCAAGACCUAAACAAACAGGAUCACUAAACACAAACCAAGCAAAGAAACCUCAUAACUGGCGCCGGCAUACAUUUUUCUCAUCAAGAGAGCUGAACUUCUGCAUUUUAACUUCCGAAAACACACGUGCACUAAGUUCACUGAUAAUAGCAUUGCUGGUUGUUUUCUAUUACUUAAUCUCCUCAAAGAGUAUUUUGGCUUCAAGGCCUCUUUACAUUGUCUUGGUAACCGAUGUCACGAUUGUCAUUGCUCGCAUAUACAGCGAAAAGGCUCGAGUUUUGGAAGAAAAUAAAGGAGAAAUGGUUGAAGCUGCUGAAGAUGGACGCAGUUGGAAUGAUGCAGUGAAACUUUUGGAGAGAGGUUUGGUUGUAUACCAAGCAAUUAAAGGUGUUUUUAUUGAUUGUAGUAUUUAUUUAGUUGUUGUUGUAUGCUGCAUUUCCAUCAUGUAACUUUAGCUGUUUGACGUAAAUCGGAUAUCCUCCACACACAACUGCAGAAACUAAUCUAUCGAGCCAUGUAGGACCACAAUGGCCAGCAAAAGCUCUCCCACAAGAGUUUUAAAUCUCCUGCAUUCUCCGGAUUGGAUUGAAACCCGUGACGUCUAGUUAAACUAGAAAAGACCCGAACCAUCUCAUUCAAGUUCUUUUGAGUGUAACUUUAGUUGUUUGAGUAUUUGCAAAGUCUUUAUUUCCCUUUUUGGCAAGUAUCUUGCUGCCAAUUUUUGUUGUAAAUUCUUAUUUGUUUUUGUAUCUUUGAGGACAAUGUCUAUGGUUAAUUUUAUUUGAAUCAAGAGUUGAAUUAGACAUU